CCUCUCUCGUCCUCUGCUGAGUCUGGCGUGCACCGCCAGGCACGGCGGAGCCUCUGCCGGGCACUGGUGUCUCUCGGGCUUUUUAUGGUCUGCGGUUGGAAACGUGCUUCGCGCUUAGUGCAGGAGCAGCUGGGGACGGGCGGCAACUUCUCAGUUUAUUUGAGGUGCGAUUCGGCAGUGCCGGGUCCGUCCGGUACCUGUGGCCUGCGGGGCCCCUCCUGCGGUGGAAGAGAUUCGAGUCACAGCAGCGCUGGGAAACGGAGAGUGGCUUUAGGUUGGAGGGGACCCGACGGAUCGUCUGGCCCCGGUGUCACGGGCUUCGCAUAUCUGGUUGUGUGCUCCGUCACCUCAGAGAGGAUUGUCCCUCGGUUAAAUUAGCUUAGUUUGGGCAGUGAAUUAUUGAGACAGUCUGAAGCGACCACCUAUGGGUCAGAUUGUUCGUGGGAGUAAGAGAGAGGACGUAUCAUUUAUGAGAACCCUAAGAAAGUUUACAGCAGUGUGGAAUGGAUUGAUUUGUGACACCUUUGAUAUGUGAGAGCUCUGCUUUGCGCUGGCCUGGCUGCUGCUGGUGGACCUGAGCUGAUCUGAUUGCAGCAAGCCCAACAAGACCGGUCCUCGUCGCUAACGGAACGUAACCAAGUGUGAUGCUGCAAUGAGAUGAGGCUCCGAAAUGGAACUGUGGCCACCGUGUUAGUUUUCAUCACUACUUUCCUCAGUUUGUCCUGGUAUACUGCGUGGCAAAAUGGGAAAGAAAAGUUGAUUGCAUAUCAACGGGAAUUUCAUGCUUUGAAGGAACGUCUUCGUAUCGCUGAGCAUCGGACCCUGCAACGCUCUUCUGAGCUGAAUGCUAUCUUGGAGCAAUUCAGGCGUGCUGUAGCAGAAACGAAUGGAAGUAAGAAUGCACUGAAUAAUUUUUCAGAUGAGACGCUGAAACUGCUAAAAGAACUAACAAGUAAAAAAUCUCUUCAAGUGCCAAAUAUUUAUUACCAUUUGCCUCAUUUGUUGAAAAAUGAAGGAAGCCUUCAACCUUCUGUGCAGGUUGGCCUUGGAAGGACAGGAGUUUCCAUUGUAAUGGGAAUACCUACAGUGAAAAGAAAAGUCAAGUCUUACCUUACAGAAACUCUCCACUCCCUUAUUGAUAAGCUGUCCCCUGAAGAAAAACUGGAUUGUGUUAUGGUUGUCUUUAUAGGAGAGACCGAUCUUGAUUAUGUUAACAAUGUUGUUGCGAGCCUGGAAAAAGAAUUUUCUACAGAGAUCAAUUCUGGGUUGGUGGAAGUAAUAGCCCCUCCUGCAACUUACUAUCCUGAUUUGACAAACUUGAAAGAAACGUUUGGAGACUCAAAAGAGAGAGUGAGAUGGAGAACAAAACAAAACUUGGAUUACUGCUUUCUUAUGAUGUACGCCCAGAAAAAGGGAGUUUAUUACAUCCAGCUUGAAGAUGACAUUGUUGUCAAGCAGAAUUACUUCAGCACCAUAAAGAACUUUGCGCUUCAGCUCGCUUCUGAAGAUUGGAUGAUUCUGGAAUUUUCUCAGCUGGGUUUCAUUGGCAAAAUGUUCCAGUCUCCAGAUAUCACUCUUAUUGUAGAGUUCAUAUUUAUGUUUUAUAAGGAGAAACCAAUUGAUUGGCUUCUGGACCAUAUCCUCUGGGUGAAAGUGUGUAACCCUGAAAAAGAUGCUAAACAUUGUGAUCGGCAGAAAUCAAACCUACGGAUACGCUUCAGGCCUUCUCUCUUCCAGCAUGUUGGCCUCCACUCCUCUCUGGCAGGAAAGAUCCAGAAACUCACAGAUAAAGACUUUCUGAAACCGCUACUGCAUAAAAUCCACGUGAAUCCACCUGCAGAGGUUUCCACAUCUUUAAAAGUGUACCAGGGGCACACGUUAGAAAAAACAUAUGUAGGGGAAGACUUUUUCUGGGCUGUCACACCGGUUGCUGGGGAUUAUAUUCUAUUUAAAUUUGACAAGCCUGUCAAUGUAGAAAGGUACUUGUUCCACAGUGGCAAUCCAGAGCAUCCAGGAGAUAUACUGCUAAACACAACCGUGGAAGUUUUGCCUUUUCAGAAUGAAGAACUGGUGUUAAGCAAAGAAACCAAAGACAAACGCUUAGAGGAUGGUUACUUCAGAAUAGGGAAAUUCGAAAACGGUGUUGCUGAAGGAAUGGUUGACCCCAGCCUAAACCCUAUUUCAUCAUUCCGGCUUUCAGUAAUACAAAAUUCAGCAGUCUGGGCAAUUCUGAAUGAGAUUCAUAUUAAAAAGAUGACAAACUGAUCAGUGAAAUCCCCAUUAGAGGGAUAAGAAGGAAUCCUUGAAAACUUUUCCUAUGAAAUCUGACAUCCUUAGCAAGUCACAAAUUGAAAAUACUGAGCAUGCACCUUAUUCCAAAUUUUUCAUUUUCACUUGAACUCUACCUCUCGUGAAAUCUACUGUAGAUGAGAAGAUUGUAUUUACCCCUUCUUAUCUGAACCAUCCAGAAACUGAUGCUCCACACUGAUAACGUUCAUCUGAGGCCUCAGUUGCCCUCCACUUCAACGUGACUUUGCCAUCUUACAGCUGCAGAACCCUGCUAUGCUUAAUCUGUACUAUUUUGAUAGUAUAGUAAUAUAGAGAAGUUGUACAUAUUGUUACAUUCCUGAAAGAAGAAAAAUAUAUAAUUAUUGUUAAAUAUGUUUUAUGAAGGGGGUACUUUCGGAGUUUCAUUUAUUUUCUAUAACAAGAACCCUCUUUUAUAGAUUGUCAGGGAUAUAUAUUAAAAAUGUUAGGGAGGUUUAAUUUAUUAAAAUAAUUUGAAAAGUACAUAUUUUUAUGCAGUAAAGUUUUAAAUUGAUAUAGUUUUUCUUAUGAAUUCUCUAGUUUAAGUUAUCUUUCUACAUUUUUCUUUGCAGAUGCAAACAUAAAUUAAUACCAUAUUUCAAAUAUACUGCCAUGUUACAAACAAAAACAACCAGUUUAAGUUUCUAAAUUAUGUAGUUUUGUACACAGAAUUUGAAUUAUGUUCAGAGGCACUUAUCAGAGUUCUGAAGAGGAUUCUUCUUUGGAACAAUGAAAUUCCACUCUGUACAGUUUGUAGCCACAUGAAGAGCAUGUUGAAAUAUCUUAUUUCAUAUUAUGUACCAAAUCUGCAGUGAUUUUAGAUACAAUAAUCCAUUGCAUUUUAGAAGAGUUUUUCAAUUCCAAACUGUUCUUUCUAUAAAAAAAAGAAAAAAAAAGAAGAAAAAAAAAGGAAAAAAAGGAAAAAAAAACAACAAAACUUUUUAGGCAUUUCUUAGCCUGGACAAAUUCAUUUUCUGUACUAAAAAAAGUAUUCCCCAGCUCUGCUUUUGGAAUGACAAGAGAUUAACUUCUUUCAAAAGAGUUAAUAGUAACUAGAUAUACUUGAUCUACAGAGAUCUUUCAAGGAGUUACUGCAGUGUUUGUUUUUCUUUUUUGAUACAUCACAGUGAGUAGUUCUGGUUUAUUUAUAUUUUCUUCCAUUGUUCAAAAGUAAGGUUUUGGAUUGACUCCUUUAGUGAUCAGUGUAAGAACUUGCUCUUACUGAGAUAAAAAGUGAAUUGGGUCCCUAAUAAGAAGUUAGUUAGUGCCCUGCAUUUUUGUUGCAAAGGAAACAACAGUGAUCUUAAACUAAAAACUCUGUCAGGAAAAGGGGUUUGGAUUAAAUUCAGAGUGGAAUUGUUGGAGCACUAAUGCUGCCACUGUUCUUAGGAGUCCUUCAGCUUAGGUGAAGGUGCUUGUGACACAGAUGUGGGAAGAUUUAAGUUACCUGGUCAGAGAUGGUCAGGAAGAAGCAGCAGGAUUUCCUCUCCAGUAGGAAUGAAGUGCCUGAUUGAUGCUGGAGGGAGGCCUCUCCCUGGCCUGGGGAUUCUCAGCCGUGCUGCAAAGCAGCCUUCUGGAACGGAUGUCGCAAAAGCUGGUGCAGUUUUCCUUAUGAGGAGGAGCUCCCUCAUCCCCAGCAACACUGUGGUCUGGGCACAGACAUGCAAAGCCUGCUGCAGGGUCUGUAUUCUAGAGUGAAGAUCUUGCAUUCAUGUCUCUAGCAGGAAAGUUCUAAGAGGUUUGGCCUCUUUUUCGUGGCCUACUGUUAAGGAGCAGGAGCCUAGACCUGACUUCAGCAUUGCAAGCUAAGAGCUGUUACCACUGGGAUACAGAGUCAACUUGUCUUUUCUUCUGCCUCCUUGAUCAGUUGUGUUGUAGCCUAGCCAGAGCAGCAGUACUCAAGUUGGUAAGCAGAACUACUUCUACAGACCAGUAAUUUUGUUCUAGCUAUGUUGUCUGAGGGUGCAGGGAAGAUAUGAUUUGUACAUAGAAGCCCUGCGUAGAUGGACAAGUUUAAGUUGAAAAAAUAAGAAACCUAUCAGGCAAACCUUGUUUGCUUUUUUUUCUGAUUAUAUCAGCUGCUGUAAAUAAAAGUGAGGAAGGUUGGCUCAAAAUUCUACCUUAAUCUAGCCUGUUGUGCUGCCAUAUUCCAAUCUGUUGUAUGUACAGUGUCAUUCCAUCAAAGUAUUAGCCUGCAGUGGCUUUGUAUCACACAUUAACUGGCACAGGUCUAAAGAAGUAGGUUUUCUUCUGAGCUGUGUCUGCAAAUGAAUGAUGCAGACAAAGUAGGCUUUAGCUACUUACUAUGGUUUUGAUUGCAGAAAUACAUAAAGUACUGUAGUUUCUUAAAAUAAGUUGUUUUGUUGAUAGUAACUUUUAUCUUUUUCCACGAGUUCCUACAUUCAUUGGUACCAUUUAUUGAUGAUGUGCUUCCUGUCAAAGCAUUGCUGUUUCCAAUGUUUCACAGUUGUUAAGAUGAAUCAUUGACAAUAGAUGUAGUUAGAUAAAUCCCUUACAACAUUCACUACCAAACUAGGGGGUUACCAGUACAUUUAGUUCCCAAGACCAUCAAGAUGACAUUUAUCAAAAGCAACAAAUUAACUAGUGCUUGAUAAAGCAUAGAGGUUUUGCUUUUGUUUCUUCUUAAAGAUUGCAUUGUAUCAGCAGGAGUUGGGCUCCCUGAAUGCUUAUGAUCUUCUUCAGCUUAUAUAUUUUUGCAAUAAUUGUGCCACAAAUGAAGUUUGGUAGAUUCAGGUAAAUUCAGACCUGUCAGGAAGUUCUGCAAUAUUGCUUGGAAAUUAUCACUACAGAGCUAUUUUGGGCUUUCAGACUUCCAAAUUCUAAUCCUCAAGUUGGUCUAAUGAAGUGCAAGUCUCCUCCCUGGAAUUACUGCUGAAAUAAGAAUGCUUUGGCUGCUUGGUUCAACAGUCACUGCCUCAGGUACUCUGGGUAUGUUCCAGAUGGGCCGUGUAUCUUACAUGUGUCAUAAGUUAAAUUAUUACCACAAGAUUCCUCUCAGCAUUUUAAACCAAUUACCUGAUUUGGACAGAGUUGUUUUCCUACAUUUAAUUCCCUUUUUUUUUUUUUACCCUGUAGGUCAGUGAAUCUUAUAGUAAACAAAUAAUGACAAAUGUUUCAAAAUAAACCAUUAUCCUAAGACCCUAUUAGCUGCUUCAGAAAAGAUGACUUGAACUCAAGGUCAUUAACAGAAAAAAUCCUUUUUUGGUUGAAUUAUUCUUAGUGUCAUGUAUUGGAUGCAAGCAGAGCAGCUGAUCAGAGCACCAGCUCUUUGGAGCUGAUCAUGGUUGUUCUGGACCAAGGAAAUAUAAAACUCUCAGUAUAAUCUUGCAGUGCACGAUUCGUGGGUAGUCCUACUGAAAACAAAGUAAUGUGAACAGAAUCCCAUUAGCAGUUUAAUUUUUCUAAAAUAACUGUUUAAUUCUUGUGCUUUCGUAGGCAUCCUAACAAUUUGUUGGUAGUGAUAGAAGAUAUUCCUAAAGGCACGUUGAUUCUUCCUUAACUAAAACGAGGUUUAGGAAAAUUACCUAUCAGACUCAUGGGCCAGUGGAAGGCUGCACUCUUCUGUCACACGUUCUAGCUCUUCUGAAAGAAACUAUUUUAAAGUAUCUUGAGUCAGUCAAGAGCAAAGCAAGUUACACUUGACCCAUAUAAUAUAAAUCAUUCCUUGAACGGGCUGGAGUGUAGUUGGUGUUUGGCAAAAUCAAAUGACAAUGUAACAUUUUUCCUUUUUUUUUUUAAAAUAUGUGUUAUUUCAAUAGUGGGAUUCUUUUGUUGUUGGAAAUGCUUGCUGCAAAUGAAGUGUUGUAGUAAUUUGUAGGUUGCUUCCAACUUGGCAGAAUAUUGUUUUAAUUUCAUGGAAAAGAAAAAUCUGAUUUUUCAAACCUUGUCCCUCUGCAAUACAUCGACCUUGAGUUUUAUAUUUGUCCUUACAAGGAGGGAUGUGUUCUGAACUAGUGAAGGCAAGGAACUGUAGUAGAAGGAAGAAAAAGCCCUAUGCUUUCUGUCUUUAUGGUCACCAGUGUAAUGCUGAAAGGCUUUUAAGCAGCUGGUGUUUUCAGGCUAGCACCAAUUGCUGAUAUAAAAACACACCCCAUGCAGACAUAAUGAAUUAUUCUUUGAGUGUUUUAGUUCUAAGGGUUUUGCUGAUUUCUGCUGUGAACUGUGAGCAGCUACAACUUCAAGUAGCUUAAUUGUGAGAACUAUGAAGCCUUGUUUUGAGGGGAUGAACUCUGAAGGCAAGGUACACAGGCCCCAAGUCCUCCAUUGAUUUCAAUGGUAUCGUACCAGAGGGCGCCAAUAUGAAGAAUUUUCAGUGUUGAACUGCAGCGGUGCUAGGAUUCCUUUUAGGGAACGUAGUGCAGUAAGGCCGUAGCUGCCUGCAGGACGGGAGCUCGUUUGCCAGGGCAGCCUGGAAUCCUUAGCCUUCCUUGUGUCAGCGGUUCAGUGCUUUCCUUGUUCAAAGGGGAACGUUGCUCAGUGGCUGCUGAGGGGGGAACACAAUUCUCUUCAAGCCUUAACAGUGGCUGAAACACACAGUACUGUAAGAUGCACUGCCAGCAUAUUUGGUAUUUUAAGAUAAGAUAUAGUUUUUCCUUAGAGAUCGAAUUCUAGUAUUGAAAUACAAAGUCUUACUGUAUGCAGUUUACUCUUGCAUUGUUUUUGAAACUGAAUCCUAGUGCUCACGUUUCAUAUUGAACACAGUCUUAGGGAAGUCAUCAUCUUCAUUUUCCAGAAGGUGUUGUUUGUGAUGGUCAGUUUAUUCUGCCUUGUGGACUUCACAGCUGUAGGCAUUGCCAUAAGCCUGUGUGGCCAAAUUAACUUGUACUUUCCUUCCAUUUUCACUAACAUCCCACUUGUAAUAGUGGAUGUAAUAAUACCCAUUGGACUUCUCUAGAUUAGAUUAAAAAACUUGCUGCUAUAUUUGGAAACCUGGUAUGGGGUCAUGGUAAUCGUGCCUUGCAUCAAUGUUACUUCUGUGUGCCAGCAUUGUCUGUGUAUAUUUGAAAUUACCAUUACAAUAAAACGACCUAAAGUUCUUUCAUAAAAGGAGAGGACAGUUCUCCACCUGGAGCCAGAUGUUGCUUUACCACUGCAACAGUAUUAACAACACUUCUACUUUCAUGCAGUCCCAAGGCAAGGUGUUCCAAUAUUAUUCUUAUAUCAAAAUGCUCUUUGGUGUCACUUAAAACCCAUGUAAUGUAGAGCUUAUGCCAGUAUGUGCAAAAUAGCUGCAGUAAGAGUUAUGCUACAUAGACUUGUUGCAGUUAAGUUACAGAUGUACAAUUGUUUGUAGGAAUGUACUGCAAAAGUAUUUGAACAAAAUUGCUAACAUGUUUACUGGUGUAAAUAUUUUAAUAAAAAAAAGACACUUCAAACUUUUUUUUUUUUUACACAAUUAUCUACAAUAAAGAGAAAUUUACAACCAUUUACAA